UCUGCUCUCUCUGAUUCCUUCCACAAAUGGCUGCUUUCUCUGUGACAAACACCACUUCACCAUCUUCAUGCCUCCUUCAACCACACCCUUCCUCAUCUUCAUCCUAUCCACUUGUAUUUUUCUCCUUACCUCUGCUUCAUGCUUCUGCUCUUUCUACCUCCUUGCUUUUGCGCUUUAUGCUUAAAAUUGUUAUCUGUCUAUAAUUUAGGUCUCAGUGCCAUAUAAUCGAAAAUUUGGGGUUUCUGGGAUGCUGGGACUUCCCUUCAAUUGGAGGAGGAGGGUUCCUUUCUUGACCAUGUGCAUGGAUUGAUAAAAAGCACUUCGGGAAUCUCUACCUAUUGAAAGGAAUUACUCUCCAGCGAUUUGUUGGAGAUACUUUUGGUGCCAAAAAACAGUUUAUUUUAAGUUGUUAUUUUUAAUCUUACUAUUUUGGUGUCCAAAUGUAGCCCCUUAUUGUUGUGUUAUUUGAUACUCUUAUUACUGAAGUUGUGAGUAAGUUUGAAUCUGAAAACAGGAGAACUUUGAUGCGUGCAGUCAAUCAAGAUGCUGAAGAAGCAACUGUUGAAACUGAUAGUCCAAUCCGAAAAACAGAUUCUUACCAAGAUGGAAGAAGAACUACUUCCACGGUGUGGGACCCAAGUAUUGAAGCCUGGUCUCAAUUCGCGAUUAGAGUCUCUGGUGAGUGGGAUGGAUUUGGAGCAGACUUCAGUAAUGAAGGAAAGGCAAUUGAACUACCCGAGUCCGUGGUGCCUGAAACAUACCGGGAGUGGGAAGUUAAAGUAUUCGAUUGGCAGACUCAGUGCCCCACUCUUGCUGAACCAAAUGAACGUGUUCUUCAAUAUAAAUCCAUUCAGUUACUUCCAACUGUGGGAUGCGAGGCUGAUGCUGCUACGCAGUACAGCGUGGAUGAAAGGAAAGUGGGAGAAGGAAAUAGUGGACUUACUGCCUUUGCUUACCAAUCCAGUGGUUCUUAUGUUGCUGUCUGGCAAAAGAAAGAUAACUUACUAGAGUUUGAGUGCUGCAUGGUCAAUCCUCAAGAUUGUGAAUCUCGGGUUAGAGUUAUACAGUUUAUCCAUGUAUUAAAUAACACAGAGAUGGUGCUACAGGGUAUUAGAGUAUUUCGUGAGCGAUGGUAUGGGCCAUUCAGAAAUGGUGAUCAACUAGGAGGUUGUGCUAUGCGUGAUUCUGCCUUUGCUGCUACCGCACCCAUGAUUGCUUCCGAUGUUGCUGGUAUCUGGAAGGGAUCUACUGCUGUCGCCAGUGUUAGCACUUCAAAUACUGGGAUCUUUCAGGAGCUUUUUGAUGAGAAAGUACAGGACUCUGUCAGAGAUGGAGACAGCAACAUAUUACUUCCUAAGCAGCUGUGGUGUUCACUUAAACAAAGCAAGGAAGGUGAAACACUGAGCGAAGUGGGAUGGCUUUUAGAUCAUGGACAGGCAAUCACAUCAAGUUGCUUAUUCUCAAAGACUGCAAAACCACAGGAAAUAUCAAUAGCAUUAGAAACUAGAGCUUUGGAAUAUGCAUAGCCGGCUAUAUUGGCAACCCAUUCUGACCCAAAUUUCUCUCCAUCCUAAAAGACAGUACUAUCCAAGGUGAUUUAUUCAAAUAUGAAUAGUUAUAAUUAAGAGAGAAAGAUAGAAAGAAAAAGGGAAGAAGAGAGAGGUGUAUAAGAUUUUACUUAUAAACUAAAAGCUUUCCGUAUAUAUAAUUUAUAUUUCAUGGCAAA